CAAGAACUCGGCGAUGAUCAUCAAACUCGUCCUAGUCAUCGGCCAUGUCGUCUUCUGGGUGAGCGCAGUGGCCUCCCCAUCCAGCAUUUUGAAUUCCGUAAAGACCGCCGAAUCUUCUUAUCAGCAGGAGAGGGAGCUUCAAAGUUUGGACGAAUCCUUGUACAACAUGACUUUCGUAGGUGUUAGUAACGCGAACAACACCAUUACGGUGACGUUUGACAAUGGUAUAGGCAACGGCGACAGCGGAACCAAUCCGGAUGGUCGCUUCGACAUUUACACAGCCCCAGAUGAUGUCGACGUCACGGCAGACAAGACCCUAUCAUGCUAUACCGAAGGAGGUGAGCUGUUUGAUCAUGCAGCAACUGGUUCGGGCAUUUCCGGACAAAUAGUAUCGAUUGGAGCCAACACGUUUCCAACUCCGUCAACCUUUGAGUUUACCUUCGAUGAGAAUGUCACGGAAUCAAGUCCCUUUUACAAUUACGAUUCCGGUACGACAACGAAGCAGAUUGAAUUCAUCUUUUGUGUUAAGUUCACUCUUACUCGCGAGAUUGAAAAUAAGGGUUCCGACCCAAUCACUACCAGCACGGUAGAUAUUAACUUUCGCGAAGUAGCGAUUGUGGUCACGGUUACCCUUGAUGGCAAUCUCAAUGCUAACAGCGUGGAUGCAUUUAAUGUCGCUGCUGCCCCCAUCAAUUUCGACCUUGACAACGAAAUCGUAUAUACGGCAAGUGUUGGUCUCUGUGAAACAUACAACCUCGACGUCAAAACACCUCAACAGGGCGAUGUCGUUCCUAUUUGCAUUAUGUCGGACGACUUCCCGUUGGCUCGAAUCAUUUCAGUACAAGACCUGACCUUCACUUCGGAUUCUCUGACGCAACAAAUCCGCGUGGACGGAUUAGACGCUCCUGGGGCUACUGGUUUGUACGGCCGAGCGAGUGCCGACACCCAUUGCGUUACCAAUGAGUGCAUUCAGUACGACGUGAUUGUCUACGCUAUUUUCGCGACCAGCGCGGAAAUCAAUUUGAAAAUUGAUAUUACUGGCAGCGUGGUCCUCGCCGUGGGUAACUAUAUGACCCGGAAGUUGCGAACUCGGCUGGAGCCUACUCGUGAGCUGGCCGAAUUGUUUCAAGGGCAGUCUUUUCGGUCGACAAUUGAGCUGCCACCCUUGCCUUCGAGCGAGUCAGCUGCGUCUACCGCCUCCGCAAAUGUCGUCUGUAUGAAGUUUAUCCCGUUUGCUAUUGCCAUGCUGGCACCUUUCCUAGUUUUCUGAAAAGGUCGGAGCGAACAUUGUAAAUAUGUCUACAAAUGGCGAAUGCCGCCUUGCGUUCCAACGUUAAAUCAUAUAUAGAAAAAUUAAGAAAGCAUUUUUUUAAAAA